AUGACAGACCAUACACACCCAGAACUGGACGAGAAAGAAGGUGCUGUCGACGCCAUGCACAAUGAACACAAGGAGGGUGUCAAGGUCGAGACUGUCCAGGGCUCAGUGGCUCUGGAUAUUGCCAGACGGACGAAUCCCCCGAGUCCAUGGAGUACUCAAAUGCUAAAGUUAUACUCAUUCUUGACGGUGGCGUAUCUUUGCUCAGCCCUAAACGGAUUUGAUGGCUCGCUGAUGGGUGCUCUGCUUCCUAUCCCGCAGUUUCGUGAGACCUUCGGCUCUGGUUUAGUCGGUUCUAAAGCCUCCUUGAUCCAAGGAAUGUACACUAUUGGAGGUGUCUGCGCGCUGCCCUUUGUCGGAAUUUUCCUGGAUACUUGGGGACGCCGCUGUGGCAUGUUUGUUGGAUCCUGCUCUGUCAUUCUCGGUACAAUUCUCGGUGGAACCGCCAACCACAUGGAUCAACUGCUUGCCAGCCGAUUCUUCCUUGGCUGGGGUUACUCUAUGGCGUCUUCCGCCGCACCCGCAUACGUCGUCGAGAUGAGUCAUCCCGAAUACCGCGACGUUUUGACCGGUUUAUACAAUUGCCAGUACUUUGUUGGCGCUAUUGCUGCUGCUGGUGCUUGCCGCGGAUCCCUGAAAUACGAAAGCUCCCUUGCGUGGCGCAUCCCCAUUUGGUGUCAGUUGAUUUCCUCCAGCAUCGUGCUGCUCGCUGUCUGGUUCAUUCCUGAAUCUCCUCGGUGGCUUUACAGCCACGGACGCCGCGAGGAAGCCUGGGAUGUUAUCACUAGAUAUCAUGGCGAGGGAUCCCGUGAUAACGCUUAUGUCCACCUACAAGUGCGGGAAUAUGAAGAGGCGAUCAACCUUGAAGGCUCCGACAAGAAGGCAUGGGACUUCAGAGAGCUUGUUAACACUAAGGCCGCUAGAUGGAGACUCAUGUGUGUGGGUAUCGCAUCGUUCUUGAGUCAGUGGGCGCAGGCUGGUGUCACGAGCUACUACAUUGGUGGACUUUUGGCCACAGCUGGUAUUACGGAUACAACACGAGUGCUCAACGUCAAUCUUGGCAACACGGUUCUUUCCGCCGGUGGAGCUUAUCUGGGAAGUUAUUUGGGCCCGAAAUUCCGUCGCAGACCUAUGAUGAUUGGCGCCUCAAUUGCUUGCAGUCUCGCCUUUGCCAGUUUCUCAGCCACAACCGGUGUGUACUCGAAGACCGAAGAACCGAAAGCGGCCACUGCUUCCAUUGUGUUUAUCUUCUUGAUCGGUUUCUGUUUCAGUUUGGGUUGGACCCCAUUGCAGGCCAUGUACGCCGUUGAAUGUCUGUCAUACGAGACUCGUGCCAAGGGUAUGGCCAUGUACUCUGUCUUCACCAACAUUGCCUUGCUGGUGAAUCAGUUCGGAGUCGGAAAUGCCAUUAGCGUCAUUGGCUGGCACACAUACAUCAUUCUAGCCGGCUGGAAUAUUGUCCAGGGAGUGUUCAUCUACUUCUUCGCUGUUGAAACAAGUGGACGGACUCUUGAGGAACUCAGUGAGAUCUUCGAAGCCCCCAAUCCUCGCAAGAAGAGUACGGAAUCACAGCAGGUAUUGGUUUCCGAGGCUGCAAAUCAGGUGGUGGAAGUUAAGGGUGCAUAA